GAAGAGGAAGUCUUGGCCUAGAUAUCUGUUAUCCGGAUAUCCUCCGACACAGGAAGCCCUGAAACACUGGCCAUUGCCCCCACAAGAUCGUCAGAGGGAGCUGAAUUCAAGUCGCCAUUUCAUUAUAAAACAUGGACAAAACAAGUUCCAAUCAGCACACGCUCACCCUACUGCAUAAUCAAAAAGUUGAAGCCAAGGAACUAUAAAAUGGGGGCAAAAUGGAGAAAGAGAAAGAAACAGCAGCGAGAAAAAGAGGAGAGAUGGCACACAGAAAAACCAGCGGAAGCAAACUCCUCAUGACGGUGUUGUAUAUGGUGGCAGCGUGCAGUGCCAUCCCCAUCAGUGACCUGCUGGACCGAGCCUCUCAGCGCUCUGACACACUGCACUCCCUCAGCGCAACACUGACCCAGGAGCUGGACUCUCAUUUCCCUCCUAUAGGCCGCAUGAUCAUGCCCCGCCCCUCAAUGUGCCACACCUCCUCUCUGCAGACACCAAUUGACAAGGAGCAAGCUCUUCAAGUAUCAGAGUCAGACCUGCUGUCAUUGGCUCGCUCCCUGCUCCAAGCCUGGGUAGACCCCCUGGUAGUCCUGUCCACCUCGGCUAACACCCUGCCUCACCCUGCCCAAAGCAACAUAUCUAACAAAAUCCAGGAGCUGCAGCAGCACUCCAAGAACCUGGGAGACGGCCUGGAUAUCCUAUCUGGCAAGAUGGGCCCAGCGGCUCAGACCAUCUCCUUACUGCCCUACAGAGGAGGCAAUGACAUCGGCCAGGACAAGAUUUCCAAAUUGACCAACUUCCAUUUCCUGUUGUCCUGCUUCCGCCGGGACUCGCACAAGAUUGACAGCUUCCUGAAAGUCCUCCGCUGUCGGGCGGCUAAAAUGCUACCUGAGAUGUGCUGAAGAGUGAGGCAGCCAGCUUGACUCUGAGGGGAGAUCUUUCUCACAAACUGCUAAGUAGUUUUGCAUUAUGAGCUUUUAGAUAGAAAAGGAGCGGUUACAUGGCGUGCACAGGAAAUCUUUAGUUUGAAGUGACACGAAUUUCAUUGUCAAUAUGUAGAUGCUAAGAUAUAAUAUGAAAUGAAAUGUUUUAUCCCUUAUUGAUUUUGUUUUAAAAAAUCCCUUAUACAUUUGCAAAAAUGUUUUCAUUUUUAAACAGCUUCCUUACUGACUUAAAGUCAAUGGUUAAAACAGGUAGGUAGGGGAGCAGCACAUUGAACCUAGGAGUUUAUACUGUGGUCCAGUCUUGCUAAUGGGUCACAGGAGGACAAAGCACGGUUUAUACACUUCACCAUAUGUUUCCAGCUGGUCUGGCCUUUAUACCUUCAAAGCGCUUUGCAGUGAAAUAUAUAUGAAAUCCUCCACCACACUGGGAUGCAAGGCUUCAAUGGAGAAUACCUUUCUCUUCCUAACUAAUGAUUGUAUAAUGACCACAUA